GGAAGCAGUGCGCAGAAAUAUUUGACCCAUAAUGCACCGCGACAGGCUGACAAGUGGAUCCAAGAUGGCGUAGAAAGUAAAGCUAGAAACUCUGUCCCAGAGUCAUGGAGGACAGGAGGCCACAGAAGUCAUGUGACGAGGCCAUUGGAUCAUUAGUGAGGCAGGAGUAUGAGGCGGCAGCGGCUCACAGCACAGAGGCCCUGCUGGCCAUGGGGCCCCAGACCCCGACCCCCAGCACGGCCUUCCUCCGAAAGCGUGCCCUGCUCUAUCGCAUAGCAGCACGACUCCAGCUGAAUGGGAUCAUGACUAAAGACAUGACAAGACUGAAGAGGCUCCUCUCAGAAAUAGAGGCUGUGAGGAGUGAAAUGGCAUCAGAGUUGGUUGAAGAGAACGAGGAGGAUGUUCAGGAAGGCUGGCAGUUUCGUCCUCCUCCUCGAGGGGUCACUAGUAGUGAGGAGUACACGUUGUGUAAAAGGUUUUUAGAGCAGGGUCUGUGCCGGUACGGAGCUCAGUGCACCUCGGCUCACUCUCAGGAGGAGCUGACAGAAUGGCAACGGCGCUACGCCUCCCGACUCAUCCGCCUCAAACAGCAGCAGGAGGGCAAGCACUUCACCGAGAACUACAUGGAGGUGCUCAUCGAGAAAUGGAUCAACUCCCUCACGCCGGAGAGAGUGAUGAAUGACUGUGUGGAUGGAGUUACGGUGGAGCACAGCUCAGAUCUCUCAAUUACCGUCAACACCAAGAAAUCAUCACACUCUUGGACGUUCACACUCUUCUGCAAGCCGGUCCGUACGCUACACCGCAUCGCUCUGCUUUACGAUGCCAACCGGCCACAUUUCUCCAUCACGGCGGUCUCGGCCGGGGACGCGUCUACCCAGGUGCCCCAGGGGGUGUGUGAGGGCGGCUGUCAGGAGUGGAGCGUGGCUGGCCUGGUGCAGAACGGCUUGGACCACUGCGUUUACACUGUGGUGGUCUCCUUCAGCACAGAGAUCUUCGGAACCUUCCGGCAGACCGUGGUUUUUGAUUUUGGCUCUGAGCCCGUGCUCAUGCAGCGAGUGAUGGUGGACGCCGCCUCCAUUGAAGAUCUGGAGCACUUGAUGCAGGCGCGACAGCAGCUCCUGAUGACGGCUAAGCGCUGGGACUCGUCAUGCAAAACCAUCGUGGAGUUUGUCCCUAAUGAAAACAUGGAUCUAGAGCGCAGUCUACUGACCCGCUACCAGAUCCCCCUCUCUGCAGACCAGCUCUUCACCCAGUCUGUGCUGGACAAAACCCUCACCAGAGACAAUUCCCAGCCCCGCCUGCACGACCUGCUCUACAUCGAGGAGAUUGCUCAGUACAAAGAAGUCAGCAAGUUCAACAUCAAGGUGAACCUGCAGCUGGUGACGAGCUUUAUGUUGACUGGCAUUUCUGGUGGCGCCAAGUACGCUCAGAACGGACAGCUGUUUGCACGCUUCAAGCUGACAGAGACGCUGUCUGAAGAUACGCUGGCUGGGCGUCUAGUCAUGACAAAGGUCAACUCUGUGCUGCUGCUGCCUGUCUUUAAGGAGCGGAUGGGUCAGAACCAGCCAGCUGGAGCCAAAGAACGUGUGUACGAGGCCCUGAUUGAGGAAAAGACGAAAGACUACAUCUUUCUGCGGGUCUGUAAGGACUGCUGUGACGAGCUAGGACUGGUGUCGGAUCAGGAGCUGCAGGUGGAGCUGCAGUUUCAGCUGAACAGGCUUCCUCUGUGUGAGAUGCAUUAUGCUCUGGAUCGCGUCCGCGAUAGCGGUAUCCUGUUUCCAGAUGUCAGCCUCACUCCCACAAUCCCCUGGAGUCCCAACAGGCAGUGGGAUGAACAGCUGGAUCCCCGUCUAAAUGCCAAGCAGAAGGAGGCUAUUCUGGCCAUCACCACCCCCCUCUCCAUCAACCUCCCGCCGGUGCUCAUCAUCGGACCCUACGGCACAGGCAAGACCUUCACGCUGGCCCAGGCUGUCAAACACAUCCUCAAGCAGCCUGAGACACGGGUUCUGAUCUGUACACAUUCAAACAGUGCAGCAGAUCUGUACAUUAAAGAUUACCUUCAUCCAUACGUGGAGGCAGGCAAUCCACACGCACGACCUCUCAGGGUUUAUUUCAGGAACCGCUGGGUGAAGACUGUGCACCCGGUGGUGCAGCAGUACUGCCUGAUCUCCGGAGCGUACUUCACCUUCCAGAUGCCCACGCGACAGGAUGUAGAGCGCCACCGUGUGGCCGUGGUCACUCUCAGCACGUCCCAGUACCUCUGCCAGCUUGACCUGGAGCCAGGUGAGCAAACACACACGCACACACGUUCCUCGAUUUCAUAUGGGAGAAACUAUACGUCCGAGCUCUUCUACGAGGGCAAACUGAUGGCCAGCGGGAAGCAGCCGCCCCAUAAGGACUUCUACCCUCUGACCUUCUUCACUGCCCGCGGAGAAGACGUGCAAGAGAAGAACAGCACGGCUUACUACAACAACGCUGAGGUGUUUGAGAUAGUUGAGCGGGUGGAGGAGAUGAGGAAGAAGUGGCCCGUGGCCUGGGGGAAGCUGGACGAGGGGAGUAUCGGCGUGGUCUCGCCCUACGCCGACCAGGUCUUCCGAAUCAGAGCCGAGCUCCGCAAAAAGAGGAUGCCAGAGGUCAGCGUGGAGAGAGUGCUGAAUGUCCAGGGUAAGCAGUUCCGUGUGCUGUUCUUGAGCACCGUUCGCACCCGUCACACCUGCAAACACAAGCAGACGGCCAUUAAGAGGAAGGAGCAGCUGGUGGAGGACUCCACUGAAGACCUGGACUACGGCUUCGUGUCCAACUACAAGCUGCUGAACACCGCCAUCACUCGAGCGCAGUCCCUGGUGGCCGUGGUGGGAGACCCCAUCGCUCUCUGCUCAGUGGGGCGCUGCAGAAAGUUCUGGGAGACCUUCAUCUCCAUCUGUCAUGAGAACCACAGUCUCCACGGCAUCACCUUUGAACAGAUUAAAAUCCAGCUGGAGGCUCUGGAGCUGAAAAAGACCUACGUGCUCAACCCGCUGGCCCCAGAGUUCAUCCCUCGUGCCCUGCGCUCGCAACAUCCCCAGGGUCCCGGCAAGCACCAGCACUCCCCACCCAAGGCGAAAGGACAGCUGGCCAAUCACACUGAACCCUUCCCCCCUGAAGGCUUUGUUCAGCCAAGUGCUGCUGUGUUGAUGGGGAACCCGAUUCAGGCCUUUACUCCUCCAGGAGCCGGAGCUCCAGCCUCCGGCAAAUCACCAAGCCCUGUUCAAAGAAUCGACCCCGGAGCCAGCAUCCUCUAUGUGCCCGCUGUCUAUGGGGGCAAUAUGGUGAUGCCCAUGCCUCUUCCGUUGCCAUGGCCUGGCUACCAGAGCCGUUUCGCUAUGGAUCCUCGCAUCAUGAGUCAUCAGGCCGCCAUGGCCGCGUACAACCUCAACCUGCGGCCGGCAGCCAGUCGCACCUCACCUGUGCUGUAUGGGUUCAGUCACCCGUCUCCUCUGGGUCUGAACCAGCAGCCUACCUCUGAGAAAGAACUACUUCAAGAGCCCAGUGGAAAUGGGAAAAUCGACAUUAAUGGGAAAACGGAGCAUUGUAGGCUGCUGACACCUGAGAGGAAAGCCCCUGAGCUGAAGGAAAAACAGGGAGACCCAGAGUCGGUGCAGAAUAAGAGUCCAGAGCCCCAGUCCAACAUGGGCUUCCCUGGCAGCCGCCUCAUACGCAAAGACCCGCAGGCCCAGAGGGCCCUCAACUUCCACCUGGGCCCCCCACAUCCCGGUUUCCCCCCUCACCACGGCAACAGCCAGUUUCCACAGCAGUACGGACUAUCCCGACCUCCCCUCCGAAUGCAGGCCCCCAUCCACCCUCAGGCCUCCUCCUUCCCCCCAUCAUUCUUCAGUGGACCUCCAAUGGCGCACCGCGGGCUGCAGUCUCCGGUCCUGGAGGGUGGGGAGGGCUCGAUGGGAGCGGGUCCAGGUGGGGUGGCUGAGGAUCUGAAGGGUGUGGUGAGAGGCCUUCCCCCACAGAUGCACCAGCAGCCCCUGCGCCUCAACAGCUUUGGAGAAGAGAGUUUGGACUCUCUGUUGGGCGAUACUCUGGAUGGCCAGGCUUCCUCAGGGCUGGAUGCUCUGGGCCAGCAGCAUCAGCAGCAGCAGGCGGCUCGUGUGGGUCAGUGGGGUGAACAGUCUCCCUUCCUGCAGGCCGGUGUGGCCCCCUUCCCCCUGGCGCAGCAGUUGGCUCAUCUCGGCCAGCCGGGUCUGCGACUCCCUCAGCAGCUCCUCAGAGCCGGCUGGGGCCUGGGCCCGGGCCCUGCAGCAGAGGAGGAGCCCAGACCUGCCAUGCCCAGAUAUCCCGGUCUGUUGCGUGAAAUGCUCCCUCAAGACCAGUAUGAGCAGCGGGAGCCGGCCGACAUGCCCCCUCCUCAGUCUCGCCUCCUUCAGUACCGUCAAGUCCAGCCCCGAAGCCCCGGAGACCUGCCAUCUCCCUCUUCCUCCAACUCAAACCACACCUCCGCCCCCAAUCCCUUCCCAGUUCCAGGUCCGCCCUCCUUCCCCGACACCAGCCGAGAGCUGCCCAUGGGGGGCCAGCCCUUCCAGCAGCACCAGGCCUUCAAUCAGGCCUCCUUCUCCCUGCCGCCCGAGCACACUGCGGGACCUCUUCCGGUCAAAUACCUCCUCCAGGAGGCCCACUGGCCCCACCCUGGCCUACCCCAGAGCCACGUGCUGGGCCACGGCAUGCCUUUUGGCCUGCAGGCCAUGGCGCACAGGCAAGAGAAGGGCCCCCUCACGCAGCUGCAGCACCAGCAGCAGAAACAGCAGCUCCAGGCCCCGCAGAGCUCCCUGCACAGCGUAGAAGAGUAUGAACCACGGGGCCCCGGGAGGCCUCUGUACCAGAGGAGGAUCUCCCCCAGCUCCCCCCAGCCGUAUCCGGACAGCCUGGAUCCUCAGGACCACCACACGCCCUCCUACAGAUACCCCUCAGCAGACCUAUGGACCCCCGGCCCGAGCCCCGCUCCUCUCCACAACAUUCCAUGUAACGGAGCGAGCCACCUCGUCCCUCACAGGGAGGUUUUAGUUUCAAAGGCGAUGAGUGUCGCAGAUGAGCAGCAGUCGCCUCACCCCGCCAGCGCCGCGUCU